AUGAGGCGUGCCUCAAGCGACUGGCGGUAUACCGUGGCCAACCCCGACGCCAAGACCACCGCAUUCGAAGAUCUUGACUUCGACGCCGAAGACGACACCGCCUUGCAACAGGCUGCUUCGCAAUAUCACGCGGAGGACUAUGGCCAAUUGGUCAUUGAUUACGCGCCGGUAUACACGUCUGGUCGUCACACGCAUUCUUCCACACCAUGUGGUGAUUGA